AUCCUGCUGGACUGUCAGCCUGCGCUGCUCACUCCACACCUCCAUCCAUCUCUCCCCAGCAGAUACUGAACAUAAAGAAAGGCUUUGAAGAAAGCGUGAAGAUGUUUUCCUCCGCGCUGCCUCUUCUUUUCCUGCUUUCCGGCUGCGGUUUGUUCGGUUCCGUGUCGGGAGCCGUCACCGUGGAGCAGGUCUACCGGGACGUGGUGAGCGUGGUGUCUCCGGGCCAGGAGAAUCUGACCGAGGAGGCUGUCCGCUCGCUGUUUAAUACGCUGGAGGCUCGUGUGCACUGCGGCGACGGGCCGUGUGGAAAGUGUGAUCUUGCAGGAUCUGUUCACCAGCUGUUCCACGAUCACGAUCACGACCACAUUGAGGAGAAAGUUGGAAAAAGUGGUGAAAACUCCGUCAGUGUCUCUCAGUUCCCGACUUUUGCUGCCGGCUCCGUCCUGUACCUCUCCUCUCCCAGUGUGGUCUGCGCCGCGAUUGCAGAAGAGAAGUGGGGAGAAAAAACUGAAGAGUUCUUACACAAUGUCACACAUCACGAUCACAGUGGACACACAGACAGGGCAGGACACCCUCACAGCGAAAUGGACAUUCAUGGACUGGAGACUGUGUUUGAGGAACUUCAACACCACUAUGAAGCCGUACCACAUGAGCACUGUGUGACACCCAGUAUCAUCAUGACGGAGGUCAACGCAUCUUCAGGACAUGACGUGGUAGAUGUGGGAGUCGUUUUGGGCCGUGUCCUGUAUCACGCCCUGCACGGACAUUGCUUCACAGAUAAACUGCUGCCUGAAGAGAAAUUCUUCCUGGACUACAUUAUACAUCUAAUUGGGUCAGAGGAUUUCUCUAUUGAAGCUUUGGAGACACUGAUGAAAACGUUGAGUAUUGGACCUCAAGAGAGCGACCACGAUCAUGACCAUGACCACGGUCAUGAGCAUGACCUCCAGCAGGCUGAUCACGAUGAGCAUGCCGAUCACGGCAGUCGGAGGCAGAGGAACCUCGAACGCGAAGAGGCACAUGACCACAAUUCCACCUGGGAUCAUCAUUGUUUCUCUGCUGAAGAUCUGGUUUCGAUCUACGGACUACCGGAAAAUGGCUCCUCUUUUCUGGGUCGAUCUGAUGUGGCUCGACUCAGUCCUGCGUUCAUCCAACAGAUCCUCAGUGGAGCUUGCAUACCCGUCACUGAACCAACGAUUCCAGAAUCAGAUUCACUCUCCACGACUGAAAGAUACCUCUAUGCAACCCUUGCCAACGUGGUGAUAACACUGAUGGCCAUGAAUGGAAUUGUGAUCUUGCUGUUCACCUCUUGCACCAGCGCUUUCCAGCUGUGCAUACAGUUUUGCAUCAGCCUGGCUGUCGGUUCUCUAAGUGGAGAUGCCCUACUGCACCUCGUACCCGUGGCCUUGGGUUUGCACUCACAUGAGGGCGAGCAUUCACAUAGUCAUGACGAAGUCCCAGAUUACGUCUACAAAAUGCUGGUUGCUGUGGCCGCAGUCUAUUUAUUUUACCUGAUGGAAAUGAUCUUUUGUCUUAUUACGUAUAAAGAUCAUGGUCAUCAAUAUCAACUUGAUCAUGGGAAUGACUCAGACCCCCACCACUGUGAUCAUGGGAGGGUUUUAGAAAUGUAUCAACAGGAGAGGGCAGAAAAAAAGAAAUCUCAGUCGGCAUCAAGAGCAGAGCUGGUUGAUGAUGAAAAUGACACCGCUGUGGAGGUGAAGGAGCGCACGAGAAGAAUGCGUAUGCUGCCUUUAAUGAUCACCAUCGGUGACGGGAUUCACAACUUUGCAGACGGAUUAGCAAUAGGUGCGGCUUUCUCCGUGUCAUGGAAGUCUGGUUUGGCCACGUCGUUGGCUGUUUUGUGCCAUGAACUGCCACAUGAACUCGGAGAUUUUGCCAUUUUGCUCCACAGUGGUUUGUCCGUCUGCAAGGCUUUGCUUUUGAACAUUGGCAGCGCCUUGAUGUCUUUUAUCGGUCUGUACAUCGGUCUGUCAGUGGCCACUGACGAGGCGGCCCAGCAGUGGAUCGCUGCUAUUACUGCAGGACUCUUCCUGUACGUGGGACUGGCAGACAUGCUGCCCACCUUGCUCCAUGUCAACAGCAAGAGACCCUGGCUGGUAUUUGCGCUGCAGAACGCUGGCCUUCUGACUGGAUGGGUGGCUUUAUUGUUAUUGUCACUUUAUGAAGGGAAUCUGCAAUUUUAACGGGACUCUGAGGCUGUUCAAUGGGUCCAUCCCAGUCUGAGAUCAGCAGUGCUGCUUCGAGAACGUAGAUGACUCAGAGUAACGUGACUGGGAGUCCAGGACCUCCAGGGAUGAGCUGACAAAUGUGUCACUUCAUAAACUUUGACAUGAAGAUAUUAAACUUUGCUGCAGCUUGUUAUUCGGAUGUUUUAAACACAAAUGGCUUUUUAACCAUGUUUAUUUUGCUAAUUUUAAAUUCUGAUAAAGCUGCUGUCUUAAUGCACUAUGUGAUAUGUACUGUAUCUGACACUGGAAAGCUGUUGAGUAUUUGAAAUCCAUGGAUGUUAUUCAGUUAUGUAGAAAACAGGUUUUUCUCUUGUCUUUAUCACCACUUUUGUGAUAUUUAAUCCAAUUUUAUUUCACAUUUUGUAAGAGGUGACACAUGAUGUCAUUAAAAUGACAUUUUAGACAGAAAAGUUACUUCAUUGCCAAAGUACGUAUUUGUCAGAUUUAAAUUCACAGUAAAUGAGGACCGAUAAUAAUACUGUUUGACUUCAUUUUGCUGCCAUAAGAGUCCAUUGAGGACAAAUAGUAGAACAGACUGUAAGUGUGUUUUUGCCAAUGUAUUAAACAACUUUGUAAAGAUUUUUAUGCCUUAUUUUUAAAAUAUAUCCUUUAUGUCAAGCACCAAUGUAUAAUUAUAGUGUUUCCCUAAAACGCAUUUUGAUGAAAUGAAAAUGAAUG